GUAUGCGCGUAGGCUCCGGCCUGCCAUCUUUUAUUGUGUGCCAUACGUUUUCCAUGUGAUGCUUAUAGAGCGAUAAGAAAAGAUCUUUUACAAACGAACCAACUUUCUGCGCGGCGAAACGAAAUAAUAUAACGAUAAAUCAAUUCGGCCAUAACUUUUUUAACUGUAAAGGAAUCGCUUAGAGGCGCGUGGAAAUGGUGAAACGACGCCAAGAGGGUUCGAGUGCUGAUUCUGGCGCGAAAAGCAGUGAUGAGGCCACAGACUCAGCACAUUCCUCCAAGGAAAUGAAAAGGAGAAAGUUAUCCUCUACCAGAAGCCUAGACCCAACUGAUCUCUGUUCUGAGCUGUAUGAAGCUAUCAGAAACUACAGAUCUGAAGAUGGCAGAGUGCUGUGUGAGGCCUUUAUACGAGUCCCUAAGAGAAGAAGCAGCCCUGAGUAUUAUGAUGUAAUAUCCACACCAAUUGACCUGCUCAAAAUCCAGCAACGCCUAAAGACUGAUGAGUAUGAAGAUGUUGGCACAUUUACUGCUGACAUGGAGCUAUUGUUGGACAACGCUUUAAAGUACUACAAGCCAGAUUCACAGGAGUAUCAGGAUGCAACCCAACUAAAGCAAGUGUUUGACGAAUUAAAGGAGGAACAGGGCUCAGGGGAUAAUGAUGAAUCUGAUGAUGCUAUGGAAGAAGAAAUGGAAGUUGAGGAAAAAAGAAAACCUGGUAGACCAGGCCGUCCUCCAAAAGAUGCUUCAAAAACUAAAAUCCUUCCUUCUGGUGAUGAGGAUGAUACUGAGUCGUCAUCUACGGAGGGAGACUUGUCAAGUAGCAGUCAGCAGUUCUAUGAGGAGAUGGUCGGCGCUGUGCUGGAGAUGCAGGAUAGUCAUGGACGUAUCAUCUGUGAACUCUUCAAGCGACUUCCACCCAAAGAUCUUUAUCCAGAGUACUAUGCAGUGAUAAAAGAACCUAUUGAUCUGAAGAUGAUCAGUACAAGGGUUAGAAGCUCAUACUAUUCCACUAUUGAGGACUUGGAAAAGGAUCUUCAGGUGAUGGUGAAGAACGCCCAUACAUUCAAUGAGCCUGGCUCACAAGUCUACAAGGAUGCAUCAGCAAUCAAAAAGACCAUCCAAGCUAAAAAGGCUGAGAUUGAGCACACUCUGCUGGGAGCAAAAUCCAGCUCCAGACUAAAGGCUCGUCGUAGCUCUGGUCGAGUGAGCUCUGCUGUAAGUGCUCUUCUUGAGGAGGAAGAUGACCAGGCAAUGUACCAAGCCACAGAAGGCAGCCAGGAAGACCAGGAUGAUGAUGCUGGAGGAGAUGAUGACGUUGGUGGGGAGGAUGACGCUGAGAACCCUCUGAUGAUGUUAUUUAAUGAGAUAUAUCAGCACACUGACCCGACAGGAAGACCAAUGGUGGAGCCUUUCCUGAGGCUGCCCUCGCGCAGAGCCUAUCCAGAUUAUUAUGAAGUUAUCAAAAAGCCUAUAGCUCUGAUGAAAAUAAGAUCUCAAAUCAAGAGUGGGCUUUAUGACAGCCUUGAGGCUUUGGAAACAGAGCUAGAGCUGUGUUUCAAUAAUGCCAAGACUUACAAUGAGCCUAACUCCAUGCUCUAUAAGGAUGCCGAAAGAAUGCUAGACCAUAUGAGCAAAAAGAAAACUGAGAUUGUCCAAAUGAUGGCUGACAAAGGAAUUAAUUUGGACGAGUUUCUCAAGACAAAGGGGAAGGCAAGGAAGAGCGAAGCUUCAGAUGGUGCCUCAGUUGCUAGCCCUGCUCCUCACAUCCCUGUACCACAAGUGAAACAGAUGAAAGAGAUGAAAAAGAAAAAGAAAGUAGCUAUUGAUGGAAAGGAAAAGCCUAAGAAGAAGAAAGGAGAAGAGGUUGAUCCUAUGAUUCUGAAGAAGCGCAUGAGGCAGCUUUUCAAAGCUGUCACUAACUAUCAGGACGAGAGUGGGCGCUACUUAUCUGCCAUUUUUAUGGACCUUCCCUCAUCAGAGGAAUACCCAGAUUACUACAAAGUAAUCUCUGAACCUGUAUGUCUAUCUCAGAUAGAGGGCAACAUUCGAGAUAAUAAGUAUGCUACUGAGGAGGAGUUGUUGCUCGAUUUUGAGGUCAUGUUUGAUAAUGCAAGAUAUUACAAUGAGGAAGAAUCACAAGUUUAUCAGGAUGCAUGCCUCUUAGAGAAAGUUUUGAGAAAGAAGAAGAAAUCCCUUGGUGCCCUCCCACCAGUAGGAACCAGUGAAGGAGCCUCUCCUGCACCAGCUCCCAGUGGAGUCUCGUCUAAAUUGCCAACACCCACCAAGUCAGGCCGGAUAUCCUCAUCCCCAGGUGUUGCUAGAAAAUACUACCAGGUUCCAUCAGCGACAAGCGAGCUGAAAGAAUUGUGCCGUGAACUAUUUAAUGCCGUCAAGGAUUGUACGGACGGUUCUGGAAGACAACUAUGCAUCAUCUUUCAAAAACUUCCUUCAAGAGCUGAAUACCCAGACUAUUACACCCUGAUUAAGAAGCCCAUUGACAUGGCCAAGAUCCAAUCCAAGCUGAAUGGGGACCAGUACCAAACUUUGGACGACUUUAUGGCAGACUUCCAUCUGAUGUUUGACAAUGCCUGCAAAUACAAUGAGCCCGAUUCUCAAGUCUACAAGGACUCCCUCACUCUUUUGAGGUCUCUGCUUAGAAAGAAAGCAGAGUUAGUUGGCGAUGAGAAUAGGAUUCCCAAUGCGUCUUUCCUGGUGCAGAAGCUUCUGAUGACCCUAUACUCUUCAGUCAUGCAGCAUGUGGAUGAGGAAGGGAGAUGUUAUAGUGACUCUCUGGCGGAACUUACAGUCAGACAUACUGAUGCUGGUGGAGAAAGGUUAACAUUUGUCAAAAAGAAAAUAAGUUUGGAGAAUAUGGGGGAAAUGUUGAAGAGGUACCAGUACCAUCGACUGGAUAAAUUUCAGGAAGACAUGUUUUCCAUUUUUGAGAAGGCUAGGAAGAUAAGCCAUUCAGAUUGUGAGAUGUAUGACGAUGCCUCGGAGCUACAAGUGUACUUCAUCACCCAGAGGGACAAGCUGUGCAAGGAGGGAGAGCGCCUCAUCUCCCCCGCCCUGCUGGUCACCCGCAGACAUCUGCAGCAGGAGCUCGACGAGGAGCGAAAGAUAAAGGCAGAGCAGGAGGCCCUUGAAGAAGCAAAGCAGAAAGAGCUCGAGAAAAAUACUGUUACAUCAGACAUGACUGCUUCAAAUGAUGAAUCAGGCGUUGAGGAGUUGUCCCUGGAUGGUAACAGAUAUCAGUUGGGCGAUUUUGUAUACGUUGAACCAAGGGAAAGCAACCUCCAACCUCACGUUGUGCUGAUUGAAAAACUGUGGGUAGAUACCAGUGGAGAAAAGUGGCUUUAUGGUAACUGGUACUACCGACCUGAGGAAACCUUCCAUUUGGCAACGAGGAAGUUCUUGGAAAAGGAAGUCUUCAAGAGUGACUAUUUUGCUCCUGCUAAAAUCAGCAAAGUUCUUGGAAAGUGUCACGUGAUGAGCGUGAAAGAGUAUUUCAAGCAGAAACCAGAGGGUUUUCAUGAUAACGAUGUGUUUGUCUGCGAAUCAAGGUACACCAACAGAAAUAAAUCCUUCAAGAAGAUCAAGCUCUGGCCUUCACAGACGUCCAAUGUGAAACUGAUCGUGAGAGAUACCCCAUUGGCCCCUAAACGGGUGUCCUCUGUUUUUGCGCCUAACAAGCUGGACCAGACGGAAGCCAUGGACACAGAUGAUGCGGAUGAUACUGAGGUGGAUACUCGGCGGAAUGUUGUGCUUGAGAAUUAUCCAAAUCCUGAGGAGGGCUGUACAUAUUUUGAGCAGCUGUGUAUACGAGAUAUGCCCUACAAGCUAGGUGACAGUGUGUACAUCCGAUCUGACGAGGAUUAUCUCUACAUAGCGAGACUUGACAAGAUAUGGACAGACAGGAACGGGGAGGGCUGGGUCCAUGGCCCAUGGUUCAUCGGUCCCGGGGAGACUCAGCAUUUGCCCUCCAAGAUGUUUUACGAACAGGAGGUAUUCUUGAGCUCGUUGGAGGAAGUUAGUCCCGCUGUUUGCAUCAUGGGCAAGUGUAUGGUGCUGCCACUAAGGGACUAUGUCAGAUGCCGCCCAACAGAAAUAGCAGAGAAGGAUGUGUACCUCAACGAGGCUCGCUAUGACGAAGAGGAAGGACAGUUCAGAAAACUGAAAGGGCUCAAGCGGUACUCCCUGUCUAUAAACUGUAACGAGGAAGAGUUCUACUACUUCGAGGAAGCUAUCACGCCUCUUAAGGUCCCAUCGCCAUUGCUGUUUGAAGACCAAGACAUGAUGGCCGCCGGGGAAAGAAGCAACUCCCCAACUUCAAUUGAUUCCACAGAUUCUGGCAAGAAAACGAAGAAGAGAGGCCAGUCUGGCUACCUGCUCUUCUCGCAUGAGAUGAGAGGCAUCAUCCGCAAGGAGCAUCCUGAGUACGCAUUCGGCGAGAUCAGCAGGCUUAUCGGAGAAGAGUGGCGCAACGCAAGUGCCGCGCGAAAAGCGGAAUACGAGAACAAGGCACAGAUGCAGCUCAGCCAACUAGAAACCGAGAGCUUGUCACGUGCUGGCCAUGGACCCACUACAAUGUUUGUGUACGACUGCAUGUGGCGUGGCUGUGAUUACCAGUACGAGGACCUCCAAGACCUGCGUGUGCAUGUACUUGAUAGUAGCAACCAUCUCCGCAAGCAAGAUGACGGGUUCUAUCACUGCCUCUGGGCCACGUGCACAAGAGCAAGAAGAGGAGCUAGGCCAUACAACUCGAGUGCGAAGCUCUUCCGCCAUUGCCGCGAGGUUCAUCUGGUUGGCCCACCGCGAAUUGUCGCCCCGCUGGACCGUAGCAAGAACUUUUUCCCGCGACACCAAGCUUCAUUCACCGAACCAAGCCCCGAUUCUUCUCCACCCCCACCCCGCACACCCGUUGCACCCUCCACGUCCCCCGCUGUAUCCCUCGGUCCGGCAGCGGGCGGUAUGGGCCAAGGGGUGAUGGGCAUGAACCAGGGGAACGCUAUGGCAGGUCAGUUCCAAGGGAAUACCGGCACUGUUAGUAGCCCUACUCAGUAUGGCAUGGGUGGACGGAUGAUACCUCAACCGAGCAUGCAACAAGCCAUUUAUAACAACAACAACGCCCAAGGGAACACAAUGUUCAACAACCAAAAUAUGCCACAGACGCCCACCCUCAUGAUGCAGCGGCAGAUGCAAGGGAUGGGAAUGACUCCACAACCGCAGCAGCAAACACCUUCCAUGCCAGGACAAUCCCCAAGCUAUCAACAGACUUACAGCCAGUCUCAACAGCAAUUCAGCUUCCAGCCCGCCAUGAACCCCUUACAGCAGAUGAGCCAAAUGAGCCCCGUCACACCCCAACCGGCUCCUCAGCCAACCAAUCAGAUGCCUCCCCAGCAGGCUAACCAGUUUAACCAGAUAAACCAGUACCAGCCUGCUACACCUCAACAUCAGCAAGGGGCCCAGCCCCAGAACCCUGUACAGCAAGUACCGCUACAGCCGUCACAACCUGAAGUUCCCGCUCCAGUGUUCAUAGCGCCUCCUUCCAAGCCGCAGCGUUUGCAUCACUCGGAGGCCUAUCUCAGGUACAUUGAAGGCCUCCGUGAUGGAAACCCGCACAUGAGUAACUGGACUCAGUCCCGCAAGCCCGACGCUGCUACCAUGACUCCUCAGCAGCUUGCCCAGUUACCCGUCCACUGGCUCGGUAACAGUUACGGCGACUUUGAUAACCCCGUGGACGCGCUCUGGGCUCUGAAAGAGCACAUGAUGAAAGAUGCGCUCUCGCUCUCGCGAUUCGGGGAGCCGUGACGAGAACGAGCUGUUUAUAACCAGGGGGCCGAAACCGGGGUCAUGUCUGUCACGCGACAAGAAAGCUGAGAACAAGAGUUUGCGUGGCGUUGAAGACGUGACGAGAAAGAGAUGUCAUGUGACAAGGAAGCUGUGAAAUGCCGUGACUAGGGAGCGGUGAACAAGAUAAGAUGUUGCGUUACAAGGAAGUCGUGACUAGAGAGCUGUAAACAAGAUGACAUGUUGCUUUACAAGGAAGUCGUUGCGUGACAAAGAAGCUAUGGCUAAGCCGCGACGAGAGAUUCAGAGUUAGAUCAGGUGGUUGUAAUUCGUCUUCAGUAUUUAUGUUGACAUGAUUUCUCUUUCUCACGGUACUCUUGGUACUUUUCCAGUUUUAAGUUUUCUUUUAUACACUAUACAUACAGUAUAUACAUAUAUAGGAAGGCGUCAUAGCAUGUGUAUGCCGGCCAAUAGAGCGCCAUUAAGAUGGUAUAAGGUUUAUAAUAUAUUUUUAUCAUGUACAUUUGACGCGCGUCAAGAGCGCUUUGUUUUGAAAAGAAGUCCCAUUGUGCUGUUUGGAUUAUCUGUCGUGUAAAUGAGGCGCUAAGAGGAUUAGACCCAAAAGCAUCUAUGUUUCUGCACCCGCUAUACUUGAUUGAUAUUUGAUCAUUUAUUGCGUGUGAAAUUGGCAUUUGCUUCAAUGGACGCAGCCACGCUCUUCAGUAUUUACAAAAAAAGUUCUGUGAGCGAGAACAUUUGAAUAAAUCUUUUUUCACCUCAA